AUGGGUGAGAACAAAGUUCAGGAGGAUUAUAUGUUUAGUCGUGGAUUUCGAGAUUCGGCACGACUUCAUAUUCAACAUCUGCUGUGGAACAUACGCUUGGGAUGGCUACUUCACCCGUCAAUUCUUGUGCCGGCGGCUCCCCAAAGAGAGGAUUAUGUUCUCCAUUGCCGAUGUAGGAAUUGGCAGUGCAGAUUGGCUGCUAGAAUUAUCACAGAAAGUCUCUCCCAAUGUCCAACUCAUGGUUUCGACAUAUCCAGCGAGCUUUUUCCAGCAAAAGCAUAUCUCCCCUCGAACAUGAAGCUAGAGAUUCUCGAUGCUUUUGGAACGUUGCCAGAACACCUCAGGGGAAAAUUCGAUGUUGUUCAUAUUAGGGCUUUUACAAUUGUUGUAAAAGGGGACCACCCUGGAGUGUUGCUGACAAUCUUAUUGCUAUGCUGA